AGUGCGUUUCACUCACAGGAAAAACUUUAAUAUCCGGUGCUACAACUUCCGAGUGUAGAGAGUCCAGUCUUGCACCAAGAGACACUACAUCUGUGAGGAACCGUUGUCUUUAUUAUACGUCACACAUUCUGUAUUCUCACUGAUUAACUGAGGAUGGAUACGGACAGGAGUCAGAAGACUGAGAUGAUAAUAAAUAUCACCCUGGAGAUCAUCUACCUGCUGACUGGAGAGGGUUACACGGUAGUGAGGAAGACAUCCGGUAAGUUCGAGACACCCAGCAGCUGUCCCCGUGUGUCAGGAAGACUGAGCAGAACCCAGAGCCCCAUCACGGUGCCUCCACCUCACUCACUGAUACAUGAGAGACACAAUAACCAGAAGAUCCUAGAACUCACCAACAAGAUCAUUCAGCUGCUGACUGGAGAGGAGCGGGAGUAUAUAGAGGAACACAGGGGUCUGUACAAGGACGUGAUGAUGGAGAAUCACCGGCCCCUCACAUCACUGGAUGUGCCCAGUAAUAGAGAUACCCCAGAGAGAUGUCCCCGUCCUCUGUAUUCCCAGGACUGUACAGAGGAGAAUCACAGGACCCCACAGGAGGAUCAGGGUGAAGAUAGGAGUAAUGUGACUGAUAUGAAGGUAGAAGAUAUAGAGGGAGAAGAAGAGAC